GAGCUUAGGACACAGCAUGAGCGCGAAUAAAGGGGCGAAAUAGGGAGGCUUAAAAGAGAUGUUUUCCAAGAGAGCGUUUUGAGUGCGUGUUAUGGCGGCCUCUGAGGGAAGCCGAGAGCGGUGAAGGAGGAGAGAUUUUGCCUCUUUUCACACCUCGUUUCCUCUCUUCUUGUCAUUUCCCUCUUUUCCCCGAGUGCGAGAGGAGGUAGAGUAUCCGGGGGAUCCAUUUUUAGCGAUUUCCGUGUCUCUGAGGGUAAAGAAGUCGCAGCACAUAAUGGACAAGCCGGAAGUCGAGAGCAUGGAGGCAGAUGACGCGGAAAAUCCUUUGGGGGAGAGCUCGAAGGAGCCAGAGACCGGAGAGCCAAGCGAAGGAGAGAAAGAGGGAGGAAGUGCAAGCGAUGAAACGAAAGAUGGAGACGAAGAUGAAGAAGUAGAGAAAGGAGAUGAGAGUGAAGAAGGAGCAGAAGGGGAACAGAAAAGUGAGGGGGAUAAGGAAGCAAGUGAGGGGGAUAAGGAAGCAAGUGAGGGGGAUAAAGACAUAAGUGAGGAAGUGAAGGAAAACUGUGAUAGUAACGAAGCGGAUGGGGACGGGGACAGUGCAUCGGAGGAGAGCUGUCAGAAGGACAUAGAUAAUGUGACAGUGCAUGAAAGGGAGCCAGAUAGGGAGCAGGAAAUGGAGUGUGGAGUAGACCCAUUACUAGAGAGUAAGGAGAAAGAUGAUGAUGACUGUGGUGAGGAAGACGCAGAGAACGAAGAAAGUGGAGAAAAUAAAGGGGAUUACAGUCUGAGCCUCAUGGAUUGUGAACUCGAAAAAGACGAAAGUACUGGUGACAAAGGAAAUCUAGAAGACAGUAAAGAAGUGAAUUCUUGGUUAGAUGAGAGUGACAGUCAGUCCACGGAUUUACAGAAAGAUAACUUGUGUAGUGAGAGUGCAAAUGGGGAUGAGGCGGGGAAUAGCUCAAAAGAGGAUGCUGGGGACUCCAAGGGGGACGAGAGUAAUGAGGAUAGUCUGCGGACUGAGAUAAUGGAGGUAGAUGUAGGGACUGGGGAAUCAAUGAACCCUCAGGAAAAGAGAGACGAAGAUGCGGAGGAAGAAAUAAUUGAACUUGAAGUGUACAAAAAGCCAGCUGAAGUUGUGGACUUGGCCAAUGAUGAAGAAGCAGAGGUGGACAAAGAGGAGGAAGAAAAAGUUUGUGAAAAAGAUGCCAUUUCUGAUGACCAGUGUUUGGACAGCAAUAACAAGGGGAUUAAACUGAGAUCUCUAGCCUCACUCGUUGAAAAGGAGACCCAAGAGGUGAGAAGCGAUGAUAGCUCGACCGAAUCAACCAUCUCGGUAGCCACACCUUUGGCAGAUGGACCUGCGAUUGGUGAGAUCCUGGAGCAUGGGGAGAUCAUAGGUCCUGCAGAAAUGGGGGGCCUGCAGCUGAGGAUAUCCAAUGUGGUUGGGGGUGAGGACAGCAUCACCGGGCUGUCGACUGAUGAGGACAGGGAUGCCUUUUGCAACAUCCAGAUCUCGUCUGUGACCACGCUGAUGGACCCCAUGAGUCCCGAAGACCCCAACCAGGACAAAAGCCUCAGCUCGCCUGAGAAGGACUUGGAGAAGCAGCUCAACAACGACCACAGCGAUGAGUCAGGAAAUGACUCAGCAGUCGGUGGAAUAAAAAUUGUUAAUUCUGAGAGCCUGGCAGAAAAGGGUGCAGGGAAGGAGGAUGGCGAAGGGGAUUCAGUGGGGCCCAAAAUCAGGCUCAGUAGCGCUGUGUCGGAGGUUGCUAAAGAUGUUGGAUCAACAGAGGAUGAUAUGAGUAAUAAAAAUGUUUACCACAUACUGAAGAGCAUACUAACUGUUAAUCGCAUUUGUCUAGUCUGCACAAAGGCCACCGUGUGUGAGUUUCGUGUCAAGAAGAAGCUCAAGCAGGCAGUGCAUGGCUUCAUCUGCUCACAGGAAUGCAAGACCAGGUGGAUAGAGAACCUCCCAUCUGACCACCUUGUGGAGAAGCCCCGUCUCAUUUUUGAGAAGUUGUGCGGCAUGUGCGGCAAGGACUUGAGCAGCCUCAGCCGGAGCAACCAGUUCUCAUGGGAGACACGAGAGUUUUGCUCACAGAGCUGCCUGACCUUGCACUUGAAUGAAGUCGCUGGAAAGUGUCACACUUGCCAAGAGAGAGUGCGCAUUCUCUUUAUUGGAAAGUACUGCGUGAGAUUUGGCUCCGACAUCCACCAGUUUUGCUCAAACACAUGCUUGGAGUGUUACAAGAACAAAAUCAAGGUGUGCUGCUACUGCCAGAAGAACUUGGACAAGGUCGAGAAAGUUACCUCCACCGCCAAUAAGGAGUAUUGCAGCACCAAAUGCCUGAAGCGGACCCAGAGGAGGGACAUUGGCCAACAGAACUACAGUGAAAAUCUCCCCUGCACCGUAUGCCAGACUCCGGGAGUGAACCGUUACGAGUUCCUCUUGAACGGAGAGCCGCACCAACUCUGCUCCGAUCCCUGCCUGAACGUCUACAAAUACGUGAAUAAAGUAAAAGCUGUUGCCUGCUGCCUAUGUUUCCGUGUAAUGAAUGCAGAGGAGGUGUGCCAUUACCUCUACCAUGGGGGACAUCAAUUAAGAGUCUUCUGCUCUGACUCCUGCGUAAAUGUUUUCAUCCUCUCGGCCCGAAAGAUAGUAGUCUGUGACACAUGUAAGGUUAAAAAAUAUAACUUUGAUAUGAUACAUAGACAGAUUGAUGAGGAUUUCCUAGACUGUUUUUAUUGCUCAUUAAAUUGUUUGAAAUUCGACCAGAGACCAAGGAAAUCCGUAGGGAGUGGGACGUCCACCACUAGUGAAAAUUCGACAAACACCACAACUACCACAACCACCACCAGCUCCGACACCUCGGUCACUUCAUGUAACAUGUGUUCUGCAGUGGCAAAGGCACAAUACCACAUGGUCAUGUCUGACAACACCUUGCGGAGCUUUUGCCGAUACUCAUGUGCGACGAAAUUCAAGUCCAUUUUUGGAUUCCAAGUGGACGGAGUGCAGACCACAAAUAGGCAAACCACAGUCAAGUCAGGUACACUCAUCAUGAAAGGAGUCUUCAGUUGGAUUGGUGCUAAGCAGCAAAGACAUAAGCCAUCUACUCCGGUAACCAGUGACACGUCCCAGACAACUGACAGCAUUAGCCAAGCCAAACAAAAGUCAGCCACUGAGUCAACGCAAGAUACAUUGAAUGGAAGUGCUCAGCCCAAGGCACAGCUCCCCCCCGUAUGUAUUGCAAUGCAGUCAGUUUGUUUUUUUCUGUGCUGUGAUGUCACUUUAUCCUUAUUUUUUUACGUGAUCAGUGUUAUAUAGCCUAUCCCAUAUUUUAACCCAAUAACUGCAACAUACAUCCUAUAAUGGAUAGCAUGGCACUGCAACAGACAUCACAUGAUGGAUACCAUGUGCAUCAUAUGAUGAUAGAGGGUUUUCUAAAAUGAACAAUCCUUGUGUAAUGGAGAGAAACUGGAGACAAUGCAAGCAGUAACAGUGAGAGGAGGAAAUUACAUAUCCCUUUAUUUUAUCCCACUAAAUUGCCAGAAAACCUAAUUCCACAGUUAUUGGUUUAGGUCAGAGAGCAGGCAUCAAGAACAUGGGGAAUAGGUGACACAAUGGAAGUUAAGUAAUGGGAAAAAUCGGGCACCCAGGGAUUCAUUCAAAUUUUUUUUCAUUGAGAUGAAUAGGUUUGUCAGUUUAUGGAGUAAUACUUUCUUUUUUUAAUUAGUGUGUGCUCCAGCUUUUAUUUUUUCAGAAAUUUUGAAUCAUAUUGAACUUUUAGUGGCUUGAUUAACGUCACUUCAGUAUUAAGAAUUGGCUUGUGGCAGUAACACUGGAUUGUUACCUUGCAUUGGCAGUUCCUCCAUUUGUCCCCAGUUUUUGUAUUGCAAGUAUGACUUUGGACAUUUAACCAUUUAAAAGCAAAUGUUUGAAACGAUUGAAAAUUUUCCUUCAGUUUAGAUCCCUAAGGGUGCAGUGUUGUGUCAUGUGAUGCCAUUAUUGACUUGGUCCAGCAUAGCCUUGACAUGAUAAUAUGCCAUCUGCAUUUAAUGGGUUAAUGAGGAUAAUUGUUUGACUAUGAUUUAAGAGAACAAGAUCGUUGGCAAAGUAUCAGUGAUAUGUAGAUUACUGUUAUAAUCAAGAAGGAAAUCGUAAGAGCAACUGUGUAAAGGAUUUUCUUUUGGUUGUGCAUGUUUUUGUUUUUGUGCAGAUGGAGAAUAUCUUUAUUAUUUUGAAAAUGAUGUUAUAUUAUAACCUCUGAUUAUUUGGCAUGUGCUUUUGAAUAGAAAUGGAUUUUGUUCUUGAUGAUGAUCUAUUUAUUUUGCAGUUAUGUCUUUGUUAUGAGGCACACAUGAAAAUAUGUUUGUAGCCUAAAGCUUCUUUUUUUUUCAUAAGAUAACAAUAAUGAUUGGGAUUAUUGUGAUAAGUAUAACAGUAAUAUCAGAAGGAUUUACUUACACUUUUGUGAAGAUAUUUAUGUUUUUUGUGGCUGUUGUGUCAUAGAUGGAUGUGACCCUACAUUAGAUAGAUGAUGAUGAUAUUAUUAAUAUCAUCAUCAGCAUUAUAGACUUACUGAAAUUGGAAUUCCUUUGACAUUUGCAUCAGUUGCUCUCUGGUCUUGGAAUGUCCUCAAGAGCUUUCUGCCACUGUAAAAAAUAUUGUAAAAAAAAAUAUUAUAAAACAAUUAUUCAGCAGUGAAAAGUGUGCAUAAGAACAUAUUUUUGAUAUAUCCAGUCAGCAUAGUGUGUGAAAUUAUGUAGAGUUGUUAACAUUCCAUGAGAGAAUGUUAAGGCAGUAUUUCCCUUGGAACAUGACACAUAUAUGGGAAAUUAUUUGUCUUACGUUUACAGAAAAAGGCAAUUUUAUCUUAUAUUAACCCAUUGCUGCUGGGAUGCCAUGUACCUAUUUGCUCUGUCUAUUGUGAUUUUAAUUUAUUAACUGUGUUUAUACAUUGAUGGCUCCACAAGAAUUCAGUCACCAAGAAGUCAGUCAGUGGUUCUAUCUGUCACACCUGUUUA